AUGUUCUUCAGCUGUGGCGUAAAUAGCAGCACCCCAGGUCGUCAGCUAGUUGUGAGCGAAGCAUUACCGGAAAGUGCCCUACACGAUCCACCAUCUCAAGCGCUCAGAACUCUCUCACCGGUUUCACCGCCGACCGCUAAUUCUAGUAGUUCAACUAGCAGAUCUUGUUCACCAGUUGUACGGGCCGAAGCUAUCGUUCCUGGCAAGUGGACGCACAUUUCGGGAAAAGUCUCCGUUCGGCCUUUGACGCCUUCUGAAACCGAAUCGGUCCUUGAUCGGCAACGACAGAAAGUUCAACGAUCUUCUAGAAAAGACAAGCUCAAAAUGUCGAGCCACGACGAUACUCGAAGCUCUGGAGGAGGAGGUGAUGGAACCAUCCAUAUCCCGUCUGCAGACUCGAAGGAGCCAACUCCGGAGAGCCCAGGCUCUCGUUCCAACUACGGAGAGUUCUACUGUCCAACAACGGACAGUUUGAAAACGUACUCGUACACUAUUCAUAUGAAGAAAACGGAGGAGGAAACUCAUGAGUAUGACAGUGACACGUGGGAUGAGUACUCCAGGGAUACAUCUGGUGAGAACAACUAUCACAACACAUCUUCUUUCGAUGAUGAUCUUCUUCUCGAGAUUGAUAGCUCUCGUGGAGCCGCCGUUGCUCGUCUUGACCGUACUCAGAGACAAAAAUUUCAGGACGACUUGAACAAAUUCCGCCAACGUAUUGACAACAACGUUGAGCAACAAAGAGAGUACAGCGAAAUGAUGGCUUCUCUCCAAAACAAGGUGCAUGAGUACCGCAAACACAUUGCUGAACUUGAAGGAAGAAUGGUGGGAGCUCGUAACCGUAUGCUUGAUGACCCAAGUUCCAACGUCAUGAUUUUUGACAACUACGAUCCAGGAAACACCUACAUCACCAACCACAACGUGGAGCUCUGGAGUCCAGCUCGCGGAAAGCGUGAGACCAUUCUUGGUGGAGGUGGAGCCGGAGGGCUCACCACUGUCAAUGUUCAUACUGGAGCUGGACUCGGAGGAUUCGGGUCAAGUGGAGUUGCUGGAUAUGGAGGAGGUCAAGCUGGAGACCCAAAUGCCAACUAUGAGAUGAUCGCAAGAUUGGAUGAGGAGAGAAGACGUUCCGAUGAGUAUAGAAUGCAAUGGGAGAAUGAGCGUCAGAAAUCGUUGGCCCUGGAGGAUGAGAAUGAUCGUUUGAGACGCGAGUUCGAACGUUAUGCUAAUGAUAGCAAAGAUAAGGAGAAGACUUUCGUCAAUCGUGAGAGAAAUUUGGCCCAAUAUCUGAGCGAUGAGCAACGCAAGAUGUUGGACUUGUGGACUGAACUUCAACGUGUUCGCAAGCAAUUCUCUGAUCUCAAGGUCCAGACCGAGGAGGACCUCGACAAGCAGAAGACUGAGUUCACUCGUGCUCUUCGCAACGUCAGCAGCAUUUCUCGCAAUGCUACUUUCACCGGAGGAGCAGGAGAUUCGCUUGGUCUAUUCGGAUUGGAUGAUGGAAUUGAUGUGAACAGAACCACCAACAACUACGAGAAGGUUCUGAUUGAGACUGUCAAAAGAAUUAAUACCGGAAAGGCUGGUGGAGCAUCGAGUGCUGAACUUCUUGAGGAAUUGAGAAAGAUUCGAGGAGGAGGCAGCUCGGAAGGAGAUGCUGAAUUGCACAAGGAGUUGAUGACCAAGUACGAGGAGUCCAUUGAGAGAAACAUCGAGUUGGAGUCUAAAGGAGAUGAUGCUCAGAGAAAGAUUGCUGAGCUCGAGGCUGAACUUCGUCGCAACCGCGAGAAACUCAAUGAGCACCAGAGUGCACUCAAGAAGCUUCAUGAAAUGGCUCAGGACAGUGAAAAGAAUGUUGAUGGAACUGUCUCGAUCAAGAGAACCAGAUCCUUGUCUCCAGGAAAGACUCCACUUCCACCAUCGGAGGCUCUUCGUGCCGUUCGUAACACCUUCCGCAACAAGGACAACGACAUUCAACAGUUGGAGAGGAAACUCAAGAUUGCUGAGAGUCAAGCCAAGGAGUUCUUGAACAAGUUCGAGAAUGCUGAUGAGGCUCGCCGUCGUCUCGACAAACAAUUGGCUGAUGCCAAACGAGAGAUUAGCAAUCUCCAGAAGAGUUUCGACGAAACUGAACGCACUUCUCGUCGCACGGAAGACAAGCUUAGAGCAUCUGAAGCUGAACGUGUUGCUGCUGAAAAAGCCAGAAAGUUCUUGGAGGAUGAGCUCGCCAAGUUGCAAGCAUCCUUCCAAAAGAGCACCACUGACGACGCUCGCAAGCUUCGUGAUGAGAUGGAUGAGCACACCAAUUCUAUCCAGGAGGAGUUCAAGACUCGUAUCGAUGAGCUCAAUCGUCGCAUCGAAAACCUUCUACGCGAGAACAACAGAUUGAAGUCUGAAGUCAAUCCAUUGAAGGACAAGUAUCGUGAUCUCGAAAACGAGUACAACAGCACCCAACGUCGUAUCGAGGAGCGUGAAACUCAACUCCGUUACGCUGAUGAUAUUCGCAAGAAUAUUCAGAAAGACUUGGAUGAUUUGCGUGAGAAGUACGAUCGUGUCUAUAGUGACAACGAGAAGAUUCUUGGAGAGUUGGAGCACGCCCAGAAGGCUGCUCACCUUGCUGAGCAACAGUUGAAGGAAAUCAAGAUUCAACGUGAUGACUACCAGAAGCAGAAGGAUGAGCAUGCUCGUCAUCUUUUCGACAUCCGUCACAAGUUGGAGACUGAAAUCAAGGGACGUCAGGACUUGCAGAAGAAUGGAGCUCGCAGCAAUGAUGAGUUGGAUAAACUUCGCCAAACGAUCAGCGACUAUGAGAGUCAAAUCAAUCUUCUCCGUCGCCACAAUGACGAAUUGGAUACCACCAUCAAGGGACAUCAAGGAAAACUCACUCAAUUGGAGAAUGAGCUGCAUUCUCGUUCCGGAGAAAUUGAGAAGUUGAAUGAUUUGAACCAACGUCUUCAAAAGGAGAAGCAAGAGGUUCUUAACCAAAAGCUCAAGCUGGAUGGAGAUGUUCAAGCUCUCAAGGAGACCAUCAGAAAAUUGGAGAACGAGUUGGAGAAACUUAGAACCGAGAACAAGGAACUUGUUGGAAAGGAAGCUCGAGCCAGAGAUGCCGCUAACCAACACUUGUCUCGUGCCAAUCUUCUCAACAAAGAAUUGGAUGAUACCAAGCAAGACCUCAAGCAUUCUUCUGAAGUCAACAAGCAAUUGGAGCAAGACAUUCGUGACUUGAAGGAACGCUUGGCUAAUAUGGGAAGAGGAGGACGUGUCUCUCGCGAUAGCACCACCACUGGAACUGAUGGAGGAGCUUUCGGAGAUCGUAGCAGUGUUGCUGACGCCAACAGAAGCCGUGGAGCUGCUGGAACUGAUGUCUAUAUUCCAGCUGCUGAGGAUAUUGAGAGCCGUGGAAGUGGUGAAAUCAACAUUCCAUCAUCUACUGGAGAUGUUAUUCAUGGUCGUGAUGGACGUGAUGGAAGAGAUGCUACUGGACAACGUGGAACUCACACUAUCACCAACACCAAGGAAAGAAUCGAGAGAAUUGAAAAGAACAUUCUCGAUCGUUAUCAUGAUGAUGAGCUCGCGGAGCACAAGAUUCGUGAGAUCAAUGAUCGUUGGAAGAGAGAGUUGGAGCGUCUCGAGAACGACAAAGACGAUUUGGAGCGCAGAAUCCGCGAGCUUGAAGAUGAGCUUUCUCAGAUUGGUCGCGGAAACGACAAGACUGAGAAUGACAUCACUGAGCUGAAGAGAAAACAUGCUGCUGAAAUAGACAAGCUCAAGAGUGACAUCAGUGCUCUUCACGAUAAGCAUCUCAGUGAUUUGGAUGAUGAGAAGGAGCAGUAUGGAAAGGCUGUUGAGAAUUUGAAGUCGGUCGAAGAUGAUCUCCGUGACAAGCUUAACAAUUUGGAGAAGCAGUUGGCUGACUCUCUCAACCGUGAAAAUGUGCUUGAAAGAGAGAAGAGAGACUAUGACGAGAAGGUCAACAGUCUCUACACUCAGAACCAGAAGAUCAAGGAUGAGUGGGAUGAUUUCCGCAAUGAUGCUGAUAAGGAAAUCCAGAAAUGGAAGACUGAUGCAUACACCGUCCGUUCUGAAGCCAAGGCUCUUGAGACCACUAACACUGCUUUGAAGGCGCAACUGCAAGCUGCUCAAGACAGAAUUGAUCAUUUGACUAAGACAGUCAAUGAUCACACCGCUAAAGUCCGCGACUUGACUUCACAAAUUCGCCGCUUGGAGGACGAACUCUCCGAUAGCAAGGGCAACCUUGUCCAAAAGGAGAUGGACCUUGAGAGUGCCCAAAAUCGUCUUCGUUCUUUGGAGGAUCAAUACAGCACUCUCCAGAGUGAUUCCAACAAAUGGAGAGGAGACUUGGAUGCUGCACUUCGUGAAAAUGACGUUCUUAAGAGCAACAACACCAACAUGGAAGCCGAUUUGACCCGUCUUAAGAACCGUCUCAAGUCUGCUGAAGAUGCACUAAAGGAGUUGAAGAGCAGCUUGAGCCAUGCCAAGACUGAAAAGGAACGCCUUCAGAAUGCCUUCCGCGAGAAGACCAAACAAGCUGAUCAUCUCAACCAGUUGGCUUCUCAAUUCGACACCAAGUUGACUAAACUUCGCAAUGAGCUCCAAGACACCAACGACAAACUCAUCACUUCUGAUACUGAGAGAACCGCUCUUCGUAAUGAACUUCAGAAACUCAGCCAAGAGCUCAAAUUUGGAAAUGAGCAAAUUCAGCGCAAAUCCGAUGAGUACCAAACUACCAUUGAUGAUUUGGCUCAUUCUCAUCGUGUUUCUGAGGACAGCCGUCUCAAUGCGCUUCAGGAACUUGAGGCCAGAAAGUAUGAGAUCAAUGAUUUGACCUCUCGUCUUGACAGCACCGAACAACGCUUGGCUACUCUCCAGCAAGACUACAUCAAGGCCGAUUCGGAGAGAGACAUUCUCUCGGAUGCGCUUCGUCGUUUCCAAUCAUCCGCCAACCGUGUCAUCAACUUCCACACUUUCGUCGAUGGAGGAACCGGAUAUGUUGAUGGAGGAGCCAGUGUCAUUGGUGGAGGACCAUCCGCUCAACGCUCGGGAGCCUACGAUCCAGUCAGUGGAGGUGGUGCUGAAACCGGAAUCAGUGGAGGACCAGGCGGAUCUGAUUUCGGUCGUGAAAUCGAAAUAGGUCGCGGUGACUCGGACUUGUCCGAUGUUGCUUAUCCUCGUUCGGUUCCGUUCCCACCAUCUGCUGAUUAUAGCAGUGGACGUCCAGGCGCAACAUCUGCCGGUGGACGUGUGAUCAACAACAUCGAUGGAACCACUACUGUCAACAUGAACGGUGGAUUCGACAUUGCUAACCUUGAAGGAACUCUCCAAUCGUUGCUCAACAAGAUUGAGAAGCUAGAAAUGGAACGCAACGAGCUCCGUGACACUUUGGCUAGAAUGAAGAAGAAGACUACCGAGACUCAUACCACCAUCAACCAGAAGGAGACUCGCUACAGAAACAUUGAGGAUAACCUCCAAGAUGCUGAGGAAGAGAGACGUGCUCUUGAAUCUCGCCUUGCUUCUGCCAAGACUCUGCUCCGCUCCCAAGAGGAAGCUCUAAAGCAGAGAGAUGAGGAGCGUCGCCAGAUGAAGUCCAAGAUGGUUGCUGCUGAGCUUCAAGCUCGCGGAAAGGAAGCUCAACUCCGUCACUUGAAUGAGCAACUCAAAAACUUGAGAACCGAUUUGGACAACGCUCACACUGACAUUCGUUCUCUCCGUGACAAGGAAGAGCAAUGGGAUUCUAGCCGCUUCCAAUUGGAGACCAAGAUGCGUGAGAGUGACUCGGACUCCAACAAACUCCAACUCCAAAUUGCUUCGUUCGAAAGUGAACGCCAAAUUCUUACCGAAAAGAUCAAGGAAUUGGAUGGAGCGCUUCGUUUGAGUGACUCCAAGGUCCAAGACAUGAAGGAUGAUACCGACAAACUCCGUCGUGAUCUCACCAAGGCCGAAAGUGUUGAAAACGAGCUUCGCAAAACCAUUGAUAUUCAAAGCAAAACUUCACAUGAAUACCAACUUCUCAAAGACCAACUGGUCAAUACCCAAAAUGAAUUGAAUGGUGCCAACACUCGGAAGCAGCAGUUGGAGAACGAGCUUCUCAAUGCUCGUAGCGAAGUCCGCGACUACAAACAACGUGUCCAUGACGUGAACAACCGUGUUGCCGAGCUUCAACGUCAACUCCAAGACGCCAACUCGGAGAAGAACCGUGUCGAGGACAGAUUCCUUUCCGUCGAAAAGGUUGUCAACACGAUGAGAACCACCGAAACCGAUCUCCGCCAACAGCUCGAAACCGCUAAGAACGAGAAACGUGUCGCUCUCAAAGAACUCGAAGACAUCAAGAGACGUCUUUCUCAAUUGGAGAACGAGAGACGCAACUCUUCUCAACUUGCUGAUGGAUGGAAAAAGGAGAAGGCCACUCUCAUGAAGAAGAUUGAACUUCUCGAAAAUGAAAAACGCCGCACUGACGCCGCCAUCCGUGAGACAGCACUCCAACGUGAAGCUAUCGAAAAGUCGUUGAACGCUAUGGAGCGUGAGAAUAAGGAGCUCUACAAGAACUGUGCCCAACUCCAGCAACAGAUUGCUCAACUCGAGAUGGAGAAUGGUAACAGAAUUUUGGAGCUUACCAACAAGCAGCGUGAGGAGCAAGAGAGACAACUCAUCAGAAUGCGUCAGGAGAAGGGACAGGAUUUACAGAUCGAAAAAGUCAUUGAGAACCGUGAGCGUACUCAUCGCAAUCGCAUCAAGCAACUCGAAGACCAGAUUGCUAUUCUCCGUGACCAACUCGAUGGUGAACGCCGUCGUAGACGUGAAUAUGUUGAUCGCUCUAUGGUCAACGAUAUCGGACGUCUUGGAUCCAAUGUUCUUGGAAUUCGCAAUAGCUAUGGAGACAACAACAUUGAUGCCAUCAUCAAUGGAGGAAGCCGGUCCGUUGGAUUCUAUCCACGCUCGACAUUCGCUUCGAACCCAUUGACUCCACCAUUUGGAACAUCCACACCAACUCACCGUCCACACAUCACCGACUUCAGAAGCGCCGUUGAUGCCGGAAGCAGCUAUCGCCGUCCAAUCUCGACAAUUGAGGAUUCCGGUAUGGAAGUGACAUUCAACACUUAUCCACCACAAGAAGUUUCUUUCUCACAUCAACAAAACACACCGGUUAUUCGUGUACAUAGAAGUAAAAGCCGUGAGGUGAUGCAUCAAGAGGUGUUUGAAACUCGUGAGAUGCAUCACCGAUCGGUGUACGGCGGCUCGAUUAGAGAUCGCGACUCGGUCUACGGUGGCGGCGGCGGACGCGACUCGUCGUUCGGUCAACGUGCCGGAGACUCGAUCUCUCGCACUGGCGUCGAACCACGUGAUCCGUCCAUCGUAGAGAUUCCAUCCAACGAACCGAUAAUGACGUCGUCCACCCAUUCUCAAGGAGGAUCUCGCUAUGACACUUUGGCACCUAACCGCGACGACUUGUAG